CUUGGCUAAGGAAAUGACCAACCAGUACAGUAUUCUCUUCAAACAAGAGCAAGCCCAUGAUGAUGCCAUUUGGUCAGUUGCCUGGGGGACAAACAAGAAGGAAAACUCCGAGACAGUGGUUACGGGAUCCCUGGAUGACCUGGUGAAGGUCUGGAAAUGGUGUGACGAGAGGCUGGACCUACAGUGGAGCCUGGAGGGACACCAGCUGGGUGUGGUGUCUGUGGACAUCAGCCACAGCCUGCCCAUUGCGGCUUCUAGCUCCCUGGAUGCUCACAUCCGUCUGUGGGACCUGGAGAACGGCAAGCAGAUAAAGUCUAUAGAUGCAGGACCUGUGGAUGCCUGGACUUUGGCCUUUUCUCCUGAUUCCCAGUAUCUGGCCACAGGAACUCAUGUGGGGAAAGUGAACAUUUUUGGUGUGGAAAGUGGGAAAAAGGAAUAUUCUCUGGACACGAGAGGAAAAUUCAUUCUUAGCAUUGCAUAUAGUCCUGAUGGGAAGUAUCUGGCCAGUGGAGCCAUAGACGGAAUCAUCAAUAUUUUUGAUAUUGCGACCGGAAAGCUUCUGCACACGCUGGAAGGCCACGCCAUGCCCAUUCGCUCCCUGACCUUUUCCCCGGAUUCUCAGCUCCUCGUCACCGCUUCGGAUGACGGCUACAUCAAGAUCUAUGACGUACAACACGCCAACCUGGCCGGCACGCUGAGUGGCCACGCGUCCUGGGUGCUGAACGUGGCGUUUUGUCCUGAUGACACACACUUUGUUUCCAGUUCGUCUGACAAAAGUGUAAAAGUCUGGGAUGUUGGAACGAGGACCUGUGUACACACCUUCUUUGAUCACCAGGAUCAGGUAUGGGGAGUAAAAUACAAUGGAAAUGGCUCAAAAAUUGUGUCUGUUGGAGAUGACCAGGAAAUUCACAUCUAUGAUUGUCCGGUUUAGACAUCAGUCUCCCAGGCCAACGCUGCAGACAGAAUGUAUAGACUGAACAUGACAUUCCUUAUCUUUCUAGCUUGUUUGAAAGAAAUACAGUAUUGUAGCAAAACCUUAAAUUUUUUAGGUACAGUAUGCAUCGUGUCACGUUUUAUUGGAAAUGUUGUUUGCACUUGAACAUAGAGUGUUAAAAUGCAAA